AUUCUCCCCGCGGGCCGAGCCGCCCCUCUCUCCCGCCCCUCCUCCUCCCUUUCCCACCCCUCGGAGUGGAGCUGCACAUGCGGCAGCUCCCUGCUCCGUUCCGCCCAGCCUCCGUUGCUCUGGAACGGGUCCCUGCAGCCCCCAGCCGAUGGCAGGGCAGUAGCCGCCUGUCAGGGGUCCUGAACGGCUGAGGCAGACGCGGCGGCUCCAGGGCCUCAGAGUGGGUGUCUCCGGAGGCCAUGGGCUACCCCGAGGUAGAGCGCAGGGAACCUCUGCCCACGGCAGCGCCGCGGGAGCGGGGGAGCCAGGGCUGCGGCUGUCGCGGGGCCCCUGCCCGGGCGGGCGAAGGGAACAGCUGCCGGCUCUUCCUGGGCUUCUUUGGCCUCUCGCUGGCCCUCCACCUGCUGACGUUGUGCUGCUACCUAGAGUUGCGCUCCGAGUUGCGGCGGGAACGGGGAGCCGAGUCCCGCCUUGGCCCCAGCACCCCUGGCACCUCUGGCACCCUGAGCAGCCCCGGUGGCCUCGACCCUGACGGUCCCAUCACCCGCCACUUCGGGCAGCCAUCACCUCAGCAGCAGCCGCUGGAACCGGGAGAAACCACACUCCCCCCACACUCCCAGGACGGGCACCAGAUGGCCCUUCUGAAUUUCUUCUUCCCUGAAGAAAAAUCAUACUCUGAAGAGGAAAGUAGGCAUGUUCGCCGCAAUAAAAGAAGCAAAAGCAGUGAAGGUGCGGAUGGUCCAGUUAAAAACAAGAAAAAGGGAAAGAAGGCAGGACCUCCUGGGCCCAAUGGCCCUCCGGGACCUCCAGGACCUCCAGGACCCCAGGGACCCCCAGGUAUUCCAGGAAUUCCUGGAAUUCCAGGAACAACUGUGAUGGGACCACCUGGCCCUCCAGGUCCGCCUGGUCCUCAGGGACCCCCUGGCCUACAGGGACCUUCUGGUGCUGCUGAUAAAGCUGGACCUCGAGAAAACCAGCCAGCUGUGGUGCAUCUGCAGGGCCAAGGGUCAGCAAUUCAAGUCAAGAAUGGUGGAGUGCUCAAUGACUGGUCUCGCAUCACCAUGAACCCCAAGGUGUUUAAGCUACAUCCCCGCAGCGGGGAGCUGGAGGUACUGGUGGACGGCACCUACUUCAUCUAUAGUCAGGUCUAUUACAUCAACUUCACCGACUUUGCCAGCUACGAGGUGGUGGUGGACGAGAAGCCCUUCCUGCAGUGUACCCGCAGCAUCGAGACGGGCAAGACCAACUACAACACUUGCUACACCGCGGGGGUCUGCCUGCUCAAAGCCCGGCAGAAGAUUGCCGUGAAGAUGGUGCAUGCCGACAUCUCUAUCAAUAUGAGCAAGCACACCACCUUCUUUGGGGCCAUCAGGCUGGGCGAGGCCCCUGCAUCCUAGAUUCCCUCCCCCCGCCCCCGUUUCUGUCCCUGCCCGUGC